ACUACAAUAUUAUAAUUUCAAGCCAAAACAAAUGUAGUUUCGUCGCGAAUGGUAAAAUACCAGAAAGACAGCGGCUGUAUCAUUUCUGAUCUCAUACAUAAGACAGAAAAAGAGGUUGUCUGAAAUCUCCAAAGUACCCUCAAAUUGUCACCAGAUAUCGUACCGACUUCCCUUUUUUAACUCUUCGUCUUUCUCUACAACGAUCUGAACACUUUCUUCUUGAGCUCCCCCUAAAUCUCCAGCCCUUCUUUCGAUUCCCUGAAAUUCUUGCAUUCCCAACUUUUCAUUUCCCGAUUAUAACCCUGAAAACAUCAUGGAUCUGGCCCCGGAAGAGCUGCAGUUCUUGUCCAUACCAGAUAUCCUCAGAGAAUCAAUUUCAAUCCCAAAAAGAUCCCCAAAAACCUUCUAUCUCAUUACCUUAGCUCUCAUUUUUCCUCUUUCUUUUGCCAUUUUAGCUCACUCGCUUUUCACCCAUCCAAUCUUAACUCAACUCGAAUCCCAUCCGUUAGCCGACCCGGCCCAAACCCGUCAUGAGUGGACCCUCCUCUUGACCUUUCAGUUCUGUUACCUUAUCUUCCUCUUUGCCUUCUCUCUUUUAUCAACAGCUGCAGUUGUCUUUACAGUUGCAUCUCUCUACACGUCAAAGCCGGUCUCUUUCUCUUCGACGAUCUCAGCCAUACCCAAGGUUUUUAAGCGCCUUUUUAUAACCUUCGCCUGGGUUUCUCUCUUGAUGUUUGUCUACAAUGCCUUGUUGAUUGCUUUCUUGGUCAUAUUUGUCAUUGCCGUUGAUACCCGGAAUGCCCUUUUAUCGUUCUUGGCAUUUAUGGUAAUUUUGGUGCUCUUUUUGGGUGUUCAUGUUUACAUAACGGCGCUAUGGCAUUUGGCCAGUGUGGUGUCGGUGCUUGAACCGAUUUACGGGCUUGCAGCAAUGAAGAAGAGCUAUGAGUUGUUGAAAGGGAGGGUGAAGAUGGCUUUCAUUUUGGUUUUUGGAUAUUUGGCUAUUUGUGCUGUGAUUGGGGGUAUUUUCGGAAGUGUGGUGGUACAUGGAGGAGAAAGUUAUGGGGUUUUUGGGAGAAUCGUGGUGGGGGGAUUUUUGGUUGGAGUUUUGGUGAUAGUGAAUCUGGUAGGCUUGUUGGUGCAGAGUGUAUUUUACUAUGUUUGUAAGAGUUACCAUCAUCAGGGAAUCGAUAAGAUUGCUUUGCAUGAUCAUCUUGGUGGGUAUCUUGGGGAGUACGUGCCUCUCAAGAGCAGCAUUCAAAUGGAGAACUUGGAUGCUUGAUUCAAGAAAGGAAAAGUUGUAUUUUGUGAAAUGAUGUAGGAAGCAAAUAUCAUUCAAAUGGGUAUGUGGGAUCCUAAACUGUUUAGCGCACUGCUCUUCACAUAUUUGUUCCUCUUCUCCUUCACCCCUCCCCCCUUCCCUUUUAUUCUUUUGCAAUAAAAGUUUUACUGUGUAACUGUCUUUCGUUUCCGCUUUAUGUUUCCAUAACUUUUAAGCAUGAGCUGUUAAAUGAUAAAUUUGUAUGUUAGACUGAAACGUUACAGUAGCUGAAUGAUCAUACUGUUCUUUCUCUUGUCAGUGUUUAUUAUGUCACUGAGAAAUGAGUUUUAGAGUUGGAUUGCUGGAGUUGAUCCAAAUUCUAGGAUUCCCUGAGGAUCAUGUGAUGAGCAUUUACUUCCUAAUUUCCUUCAUUUGUAGUUUGUUUAAGCAAACUGGAAGCUAUUGUUGUAGAGGUCCAACAACAUAGAGGCAUUAUGAAUUUCCAUAGUCAUUUGGCAUUUUCUAACUUUGACAGCCCUGACCCUUUUGUAAUUCAGUUCUGCAUGACCUAUUUCAACCGUAAUUGUUUAUCUUGAUUGAAAUGUAUCAUUUUCUCUAAGAGAGGUAAACACGAGUUGAUUUGGGUUCUAGGCCCUCCUAUACGAGGAAGUCCAAUAUGCCAGAAACAGAGAGAAAUAUAAACAUGUCCAAAAGCUUCAUUGUGUAGUUGUGUGCUGUCAGCCAUCCUUUGAAAGGAAUGAUUGGAAUUAUCAUCUUUGAUGACUGUUUAAAUAUUGUAGAUCCUACCCAAUUCCGUUUUCCACCAAGCAGUUAUUCAUUCCUUUUCAUCUGGUUUCUAUUUGCUGUGGCUGGGUAGAAUUUGGUUCCUGAAUGAAUGGUGCAAGUUAGAUGUCAUUAUCAUCGUUUUAAACGUUCUACUCCUUUAGAGAGAUAGAGAUGUGCUUCUGAAAAUCUCUUAUAAAACUUUGAAGAGAGGAGGUGGAAAUCGGAAAACCAGACUAAAUCAGGUUGGUAUCGGAUACAUUUUUUCUUUUGUAAGAGGGAUCUAACGUUUCCACAUCUGUUCACUCGGAUUAGUCUUUUUGGUGGUUAUAUUAAGCCCCAAUUAGUAUUGUUGUUGA